GCAUUUGACUCAUCGGUCACAGCGUAGAGAAUGGCCAGCCACGGUCUCCGAUUCUUCGAGUUGAACACCGGCGCCAAGAUACCUUCCGUUGGUUUGGGCACGUGGCUCGCUCAACCCGGCGUUGUUCCUCAUGCCUUAGCCACUGCGAUUAAUGUUGGAUAUCGUCAUAUAGAUUGUGCGCAAAUCUAUGGCAAUGAGAAGGAGAUUGGUGAAGCCUUGAAGAAGUUGUUUGCUGAUGGUGUAGUUAAGCGUGAAGAUAUGUUUAUCACCUCCAAGCUAUGGUGUACUGAUCACUUGCCAGAAGACGUCCCAAAGGCAUUUGAUAGAACUUUACGGGAUUUGCAACUGGACUAUUUGGAUCUCUACCUUAUUCACUGGCCAGUGAGCAUAAAAGAUGGACAGCUUACGAAACCUGACAUACCUAGCACAUGGAGAGCAAUGGAGGCACUCUACAAUUCUGGCAAGGCUCGAGCUAUAGGGGUCAGCAAUUUCUCUGUAAAGAAGCUUCAGGAUCUGUUGGAUGUGGCACAUGUGCCUCCUGCUGUUAACCAAGUGGAAUUGCAUCCUUCAUUACAACAGCCAAAAUUGCAUGCUUUCUGUGAAUCCAAGGGAGUGCACUUAACAGGUUAUUCACCACUGGGUAAAGGAUACAGUUCAAGUAACAUUCUUAAAAACCCAGUUCUGCACACAACUGCAGAGAAGUUAGGGAAGACUCCAGCACAAAUAGCUCUUAGAUGGGGACUACAAAUGGGUCACAGUGUACUUCCCAAGAGCACCAAUGAUGAAAGGCUCAAGGAAAACUUUGAUCUGUUUGACUGGUCUAUACCUGCAGAAUUGCUUGCCAACUUCUCUGACAUUGAACAGGAGAGAAUAGUUCCUGGAGAUGGUUUUGUUAGCAAGACAUCUGCUGGGUACAAAACAACUGAAGAACUCUGGGAUGGUGAAUAAUUAUGGCCAGUUUCCAUGUUGGUCAUUGUUUUUCUCUUGCUUAAUGCAGAAUAUUAGGCCUAUCUUUGUGAUUAAUUUAUAAUGUAUUUAUAAUUUGGGAAUUAAGAUGUGUUAUGGAAGAUUUGAAGUUUACAUUAAUAAUUUGUCAUUUUGGAAUUCCAUUGUUUUGAGUCUUGACCUCAUGAAUGUGUUUGAUAAGACUAUCGGAGAAAGAAUAAUGGUUAUGUACUUUAUCUUGU